AUGGUGGAUGCCGGAGCUGCCGAGUCUUCGUGUCCCGCCCACACAAAAAAGCGUGAAGCCGUGCCGCCUUUCUUUCCUAUGGUUCGCAAGGGUUGUGAAGACGUCAGUACGAAGCUGUUCCAGUGCUUGGGAAGGGCAGAGGCGGGCGACCGGCUAGAAGGAGAGGAGGUGUUGGCAAAGUGUGACUUUACGGAGUACGAGCAGUGCUUUCAUCAGUCUCUCGCAAAGGGACCGAUGCCCAUGGUCAAAGUGUCCUUUGACAAAAGCUAGGAUGAGACGAAUUUUUCGUGAAGUAUGAGUAUCCAAGUUCCGAAAUUUGCUUUUAAAGAUGCAAAGCAUUGCUGUUAAUAAGGACGUCGGCAAU